AUGUUGCUGCCGGGCACGCCUCAGACAAAGAUCCAGCAGCUGGUGCAGAACCUGAUGCAGCCUCACCUUUGCAGCCUAUGCAAGCAACAGCACAAGAUGCGGUCGAUUCAGCGACUCCAUCUGCGGCGACCGAGCCCGUGCAAUCACCAAGGCCGGUCAUCAACUGGAGGGAAGCCUUUUCCAAGGCACAAGAUCGGUGGGACGUGGUGGAGGACGGGGCGCGGUGUUACUACCACCACUCGGACAAGGGCCUCUUCUUCGAGUGGGACCAGCAGACUGGAGUCUUGUUCCAGUAUUUCUUCGGCACUGGCGAAGCAAGAAGUGUUCCUGUCGGUGACGACCUGCCCGAGCGCGGUCCGAUCUGGUCCAGCGAGUGUCCAGACACACAUGCGGAGGUUUGGGAGGCCGAGCUCGGGCUUGGAGCCCCUAAAACAUAUUGUAGGGGGACGUGAGGCGCGCGUGCACGCAGACAGUGACUAA